GUCAUAUUCUCCAAAUGGCAAGUCCAUGCAGUGUGAUUCUCCGCUUUCUCCAGAACGUCCAAUUGUCCGUCCCCAACCAAUAACCGCACUAGCCUGGGUAUAUACAGGAGAGUGAGACGGACGAGAUGAAAUAGGACCAAGUUGCAACCCCAUUCCCAUCACGUAGAAACUCGUUUACAACCUAGCCAUACAAUAUUAUAUCUCUGUCUAGUUCUCAGUUGAAGUCUUACAUCAAACCACUGUACAAGAUGACCGCCUCAGCCAAUCCCCUAGCUGGAAAGACAUGGAAAGAGCUUCAAGCGGCGAAACAGGCCGAACGCGCCUCUCGUAUCCCCGAAGAAUGGAAACUCAAACCCGAGCACUUCCCCCCUGAGGGCACAGUUGACAUGCGCCCCGUGGUGAAAACCUGUGGCAUUCUGUCGGAAAGAGAACUCAAAAUCACCGGUGAUGACUACGACGCCACCUCGCUCGCAGCAGCCGUGGCGGCGGGAGAAUACACCGCUCUCGAGGUGGUGACGGCCUUCUGUAAACGUGCGGCCGUUGGCCACCAGCUCUGCAACAUCCUGACCGAGAUCAUGUUCACGGAUGCGCUGGAGCAGGCUGCGAAGCUGGACGAGAUCUUCAAGUCGACGGGCAAGGUUGUGGGCCCGCUGCACGGCGUGCCCAUGACUUUUAAGGAGUGUUUCCACUUCAAGGGCUACGAUUCGACGAACGGGUACAUGGCAAGGGUUUUCCAGCCGUCGGACAAGACGUCGCCUUUGGCGGAGCUGGUGCAGGCUGCGGGGGCGGUGGUGAUUGCGAAGACGAAUGUGCCGCAGACUAUGCUGGUUGCGGACAGUCACAACAAUGUCUUUGGAAGGUCGAAGAACCCGGUGGUCAGUCAUUUGACGACGGGUGGGAGCAGUGGUGGAGAAGGGGCAGCGCAGGCGUUUCGGUGCAGUGCCCUGGGUAUCGGGACUGAUGUCGGGGGGUCCGUCCGCAUCCCCGCCGCAGCGAACGGUGUAUAUGGCUACAAACCCAGUUACGGAGUUAUACCCAUGACAGGAUACUCUUACUCGGGCUGGACGGGCUCCAACACCGGCAUCCCCGCCGUGACCGGCCCCAUCGGCCACUCCAUUCGCGAUCUCGCCUUCUUCACCAAAAUCGUCCGCGCCGCCAAGCCCUGGAAUUUCGACCCGGCCGUCAUCCCCAACAUCAUGGAACUUCCCCUGACCCGAGACCACAAACCCAUCGUUGGCGUCAUCCACCAGUCCGGCCUAAAGCCCCACCCGCCCAUCCGCCGCGGCAUCUCAGAAUCCGUCUCCAAGCUUCAAGCCGCCGGGUUCGAAGUCCGCGACUUCAAUCUGCCCGUCGACCUCCGCGCCGUGCGUACCAUUUCCGAACAGCUCUUCACUCUAGACGGGCUCUCGUACCCCCGAAAGGAAAUGGCCAAGACGGGUGAGCCUCCCGUGCCGAGUGUGCACGAAAUUGGGUUCUGGGAGCUGCCCCCCAAGACGCAGGAGGAGACGUGGGCGUGGAAUACGAAGAGGGGAGAGUUGGCCAAGGGGGUGUUGGAUGAGUGGGUCAGGGUAAGGUGUGAUGUUUUGCUCAUGCCGGUUGGGGCGCAUACAGCGGUGCCGCCGGGGAAGUGGACGAGUGACAUAUAUACCGUGGUUUGGAAUUGUGUUGAUUACCCUACGGUCAUUGUCCCCGUGGGAAAUGCGGACCCUGAAAAGGAUCCCAGGGAUGAGGAGUUCAAAGCGAUGCAUGAGGCGGAUGAGUCGAAUCAGGCCAUGUAUGAUCCCGCGAUCUAUAAAGGUGCCCCAAUCGCAGUGCAAAUUGUUGGACCGAGACUGGGGGAUCAGCAAUUGUUGAAGGAUGUGGAGAUGAUUGACGCGGUCCUGAACGGGAAUAAAUAGGCUGGUUUCAGAGGGACAUCAUGCGGAGACAAGUAUGGACAUAUCUCGCUUGUUUUGUAUCUAUAACGUAUUGCUUGGUUAUGUGUCAAGUAGUGAUCAGAUGGUGGGCUCGGUCAUC